AUAUUUUUUUUCUCAUCAGUUUGGGACUGGUGCGUUUUUUUCUGGAAAAAUAUCGGACGAAUGCAGUGCUGAUGUCAAUUCAAUGCUAAAGAUAUACACCUCUGCCUGCAUAUCCGAGUGUUUGGACUUGAUGGAUGAAAUCAACCCCUUGAAGUGCCAUUACAAUCGUAUUGACGGACAGGUUGUGGCAAAAAACUGUUCCAAGUGUCCUAUGUUUCCAGCUACUGAAACUCGAAGGCUUAGGUAUGUAAGAGCAGUUUGCGCAAGCAUUAUUCCGACUCUCGUGUCAAUAUGUGGGAAACGGAUGAUAAUUGGAGUAGGAGAUAAUGAUGAAUCAGACUUUUUCUUCUACCCAGCCCUUGUCCUUAAUAAAGGUGAUUUACGCAUGUGGGAGCCGAAAGACGUCGAGGAGAUCAAGUGUGUCCUAGAGCAAGGACUGACAACCAAACAAUUAAUAUCAAAGCGCGUGUGGAUUUCAGCUUACAAACCUGCAUGCAGAAAUGCACCUAAAAUGACGUACGACCUUACCUUUUGCUCACAAAAAUUCUCGAAACCUUUCGACAGCGAUUUACUUCCGUGGGCCCCAGCAACCACCGACCUGACUGGCAAGAACGCCUGCGUGGUCUUGCAGUUCAAAUUCAACACCACCAACAAAUCCACAUCGGAAUACGCUUAUCGCGAGGUAGAUUGUGAUACCGAAACUGCUGUCAUAGUUCAAGAAUAUCUUAGAAUGAAUUACAGACCUUUUCAGUGA